CCCCCCACCCCCGGCACCCCCAGCCCCUCCGUCCAUCCGUCCUUCCGCUUGCCCUCCGUCUGCCUCGCCGCUCUCCAGCCUCCAUCCCUCUGUCCUCCCCCGUCCUUUCGUCCCCCUGCCCUCCAGCCUUCUGUUUUUCUGUUUGGCAUCCCCCUUUUCGGCUUUGCAUCCAUCCUCCUUUCUGUUUUGUAUCCUUUCUGCUUUGCAUCCGUCCUCUUUUUCUGCUUUGCCUCCUCCGUUUUGCCUUGCAUCCUCCUUUUCUGCUUUGCAUCCAUCCUCCUUUUUGCUUUGCGUCCUUUUCAGCUUUGCAUCCAUCCUCCUUUUCGGCUUUGCACCCUCCUUUUCUGCUUUGCAUUCUUUCCUGCUUUGCAUCCAUCCUCCUUUUCUGCUUUGCAUCCAUCCCCCUUUUUUGCUUUGCAUCCUCCUUUCCUGCUUUGCAUCCUCUUUUCUGCUUUGCAUCCUUCUCUGCUCUGCACCCUCCUUUCUGCUCUGCACCCUUCUCCCCUCUCCAUCCUUCCUUCUUUCCCCUCUCCACCCCUCUUCCCUUGCCACCCCUCCACUCUCCCCCCCCCUAAAACCCUCUUUGCCAUUCCUCUGGUGCCUCCAUCCCCCCCCCACCGCCGCUGCCAUCCGCCUCCCCCCGUGCCCCCCGCCAUGGCCAGCCUGCCCCCCCCCUCACCCUGACCCGCCAUGGCGAGCGUCCCCGCGGCCCCCCCCGGCUCCCCGCGCUGGCUGCUGGUGCUCAGCGCCCUGCUGGUGUCGCGCCCGCCGGGGGGGACAGGCAAGAAGGCCGUGCACGUUGGGGCGCUCUUCCCCAUGAGCGGGGGGUGGCCGGGGGGGCAAGCGUGCCUGCCCGCCGUCCGCAUGGCGCUGGAGGACGUCAACAGCCGGAGGGACAUCCUGCCCGACUACGAGCUGCGCCUCAUCCACCACGACAGCAAGUGUGACCCAGGCCAGGCCACCAAGUACCUGUACGAGCUGCUCUACAAUGAUCCCAUCAAGAUCAUCCUCAUGCCCGGCUGCAGCAGCGUCUCCACACUUGUGGCCGAAGCCGCCCGCAUGUGGAACCUGAUUGUGCUCUCCUACGGCUCAAGCUCCCCUGCCCUCUCCAACCGCCAGCGCUUCCCCACUUUCUUCCGCACCCACCCCUCGGCCACUCUGCACAACCCCACGCGCGUCCAGCUCUUCAAGAAGUGGGGCUGGACCAAGAUCGCCACCAUCCAGCAGACCACGGAGGUCUUCACCUCGACCCUUGAUGACCUGGACCAGCGGGUGAAGGAAGCCGGCCUGGAGAUCACCUUCCGCCAGAGCUUCUUCUCUGACCCCGCCGCACCUGUGCGCAACCUCAAGCGCCAGGAUGCCCGUAUCAUUGUGGGGCUCUUCUACGAGACGGAGGCGCGUAAGGUCUUCUGCGAGGUCUACAAGGAGAAGCUGUACGGCAAGAAGUACGUCUGGUUCCUCAUCGGCUGGUAUGCCGACAAUUGGUUCCGCAUCAAGGACCCGGCCAUCAACUGCACCGAGGCGGAGAUGGCCGAGGCCGUGGAGGGGCACGUCACAACCGAGAUUGUCAUGCUCAACCCCGAGAACACCCGCAGUAUCUCCAACAUGACAUCUCAGGAGUUCAUCGAGAAGCUGCAGAAGAGGCUGGGCAAGAACCCAGAGGAGACGGGCGGCUUCCAGGAGGCACCGCUGGCCUACGAUGCCAUCUGGGCACUGGCGCUGGCCCUCAACAAGACGUCAGCGGAGCUGGUCAAGAAGGGGCUGCGCCUGGAGGACUUCAACUACAACAACAAGAACAUCACCGAUGAGAUCUACCGGGCCCUCAACUCCUCCGCUUUUGAGGGUGUCUCGGGCCACGUUGUCUUUGACGCCAGCGGGUCCCGCAUGGCCUGGACACUCAUCGAGCAGCUUCAAGGAGGUGUCUACAAGAAGAUCGGCUACUACGACAGCACCAAGGACAACCUGUCCUGGUACAACAACGACAAGUGGAUCGGAGGUGCUCCACCGGCUGACUACACCAAGGUCAUCACCACCUUUCGGUUCCUGUCCCAGAAGCUCUUCAUCUCCGUCUCAGUGCUGGCUUCGCUGGGCAUCCUCUUGGCCAUCAUCUGCUUGGCCUUCAACAUCUACAACGGGCAUGUCCGGUACAUCCAGAACUCCCAGCCCUACCUGAACAACAUGACAGCCGUGGGCUGCACAUUGGCACUCGCUGCUGUCUUCCCCCUGGGGCUGGAUGGAUACCACAUUGGGCCGGGGCUCUUCCCCUUCGUCUGCCAGGCCCGGCUGUGGCUGCUCGGGCUGGGGUUCAGCCUGGCUUACGGCAGCAUGUUCACCAAGAUCUGGUGGGUCCACACCGUCUUCACCAAGAAGGAGGAGAAGAAGGAGAAGCGGAAGACCCUGGAGCCGUGGAAGCUGUAUGCCACCGUGGGGCUGCUCGUGGGGCUGGACGUGGUGACGCUGAUCAUCUGGCAGAUUGUAGACCCCCUGCACCGCACCAUUGAGGAGUUCACCAAGGAGGAGCCCAAGACAGACACGGACGUCUCCAUCCUGCCCCAGCUGGAGCACUGCAGCUCCACCAAGAUGAACACAUGGCUCGGGAUAUUCUAUGGCUUCAAGGGGCUGCUCCUGCUGCUGGGCAUCUUUCUGGCGUAUGAGACCAAGAGUGUGUCCACCGAGAAGAUCAACGACCACCGUGCUGUGGGCAUGGCCAUCUACAAUGUGGCGGUCCUCUGCCUCAUCACCGCGCCCGUCACCAUGAUCCUCAGCAGCCAGCAGGAUGCGGCCUUCGCCUUUGCCUCACUGGCUGUCGUCUUCUCCUCCUACAUCACCUUGGUCGUCCUCUUUGUGCCCAAGAUGCGGCGUCUCAUCACCCGGGGCGAGUGGCAGUCGGAGCAGCAGGACACGAUGAAGACGGGCUCAUCCACCAACAACAACGAGGAAGAGAAGUCCCGGCUGCUGGAGAAGGAGAACCGGGAGCUGGAGAAGAUCAUCGCCGAGAAGGAGGAGCGGGUGUCUGAGCUCCGCCAGCAGCUCCAGGACCGCCAGCAGCUCCGCUCCCGCCGCCGCCCUCCAACCCAUCCCGGGAGGCCGACAACCAUUUUGCCCCGGGGCUAGGGGCCGCCCCAGCCCCGGCGCCCUUCUACCAGCCCAGCCUGCCCCUGGUGCGCUGCCUGGUCUCGGAGCAAGCCGACAAACUGGGACGGGGCAACUGCGACGGCAGCCGGGUCCACCUCCUCUACAAGUGACCCUCCGGGGGGCGAGGCUAAGAGCUGGGAUGUGGGGCUAAGAAGGGUGGGGCCAAACAGGGCGGGGCUAAGCAGGGUGGGGCUGGGGAGGGAGGGCGGAGCCUCUUGGCCUUAUAAUUGUUAUUGUUUUCAAGGCAUUUUCCCUUUCGUCUUAACCCCGGGCAGUUGCGGCCCCCGCUUGCUGCCUGCCUCUGUUUGUGGUCAGGAGGCAAAAUUAUGGGGGAGUGCGGAUCGUUAAUUAGGGGAGGAGUGGGCGCAGAAUGGGUUACACCGCCGCGCUUUCCCUCUCCAAGCAUCCCCUGCUCCCCUCCUGGUCCAGCAGCCUCAUCGUCCUCCUCCUCCUCCUCCUCCCCAGCCUCCCCCGCCAACGCAUGACGCAGCCUCCCGGCGAGGCUGGCGGGGCAGCAGGUGUCUGUCUGUCCGUCCGACCCCCUCCCAUCGCCACCCAGGGCCGGAAUCGAGGUGGGGAGAGGCAGCACCGUGCCCCCCCUCCCCGGGGGGAUGCGGAGGCAGUGGCUUCCCUCCCCUCUACUUUUUCCGUCGGGUUGUAGCUUACGACUGAGCGUAGUUACUCGUAGGCAUAGCGCGCGACUUCCUCCGCUUGUAGCGACCGGUGUGGCAGGUCAUGGCACGAGCACGGGGAGGUGGGGGGGGGGGGGGGGGGGUCCAUGCCCACCCUCCUAAUGGGGUCUGCACACCCCCCCCCCCCCAACGCACUGUGGGGGGUCUCGGUCCCGUGGGACGUUGCACACGGCGGGGUCUGGUUCCUCGGGUGUACGGUCGCACUGUAGUGGACAACCGGACCCUGGUUCUUCUCACGG